AGGAUUUCAUUAUCAAAUGUAGCCAAAUGUGCUACGGCAGGUCCACAAAAGAUGUUAGACAGUUAGCUUAUGAACUUGCCGUCCACAACAAAAUUCAUAUCCCAAAGCAAUGGAUAGAGAAUAAGACAGCGGGGGUGGACUGGUUACAGGGGUUCAUGAAACGUCACCCAGAACUGAGUAUUAGGCAACCAGAAGCCUGCAGCCUUUCUAGAGCUGCAUCCUUCAAUCGCAACAACGUCGAGCAGUUUUUUCGAAACUUAGAAGAUGUAUUGAAGCGCUACAAUGGUUUUGCCGCUGGAACUCGUGUCUAUAAUCUGGACGAGACCUCCACAACCACAGUCCAAAAAUCCUCAAGGAUUUUAGCGAAAAAAGGAGUGAAGCAAAUAAACAAGGUGACUAGUGGAGAACGUGGAUUAUUGGUAACCACCUGCUGCAUUAUAAGUUCUGCAGGAAAUGCUUUACCACCAGCUAUGAUCUUUCCCAGGGUUAAUUUCAAGCCUCACAUGUUACACGGAGCUCCAUCAGGAACCUUAGGCCUCGCUACCCCAUCGGGUUGGAUGAAUUCUGAGCUUUUCGUAUCUGUUAUUAAGCACUUUAUUUUUCACUCUGGCAGUUCAAAGUUGAAUCCAACCUUGCUACUGUUCGAUAAUCAUGAAAGUCACCUUUCAAUUGAAACCCUGAACCUGGCUAAAGAGAACGGAGUUGUUAUUUUAACACUGCCGCCCCAUUGUUCUAAUAAACUACAACCAUUGGAUGUAUCAGUAUUUGGGCCAUUCAAGACCUAUUAUAACAGUGCAUUGGACUCAUGGAUGAUGACAAAUCCUGGAAUUCCAGUUACAAUAUUCCAGAUUGCCGAGUGCGUUGGAUAUGCGUUUGACAAAUCCAUGACCCCUAACAACAUCAAAGCAGGUUUCAAAAAAUGUGGCAUUGGGCCAUUUGUUAGCCACGUUUUUGGAGAUGACGAUUUCCGAAUGAGCAGCGUCACUGAUAGGGAGGAACCUUCAAAAACAAGCCAAGGAGAAAUUACUGUUGAAACACCUACUGACAAAAGCGAAGUUUUAGAAGCUCAUACAGGCAAUAAGGAAAUUGAAUUAUUAAACAGAACUCCUGAAAAAAAUACUUCAGAAGCGAUUAACUUUAAAUCCCCGGAAGAACUAUUUGGAUAUCCAAAAGCCAAACCAAGAAAAACCUCUAAUCCCAGAAAGAGGGGUAAAAGUAUUAUAGCUACUGAUACACCCGAGAAAUUAGAAAUUGAAAAUAAAUUUUUGGAGAAGAAGCGGAAGGAGUCACUUAGAAUGGCCAAGAGAACCAAGCGAAUGUUGGUCCAUUUGCCAAUAGCUAAAAAAAAUCGACAAUAUGCUUCGUCAUCUGAAAGUGAACAUAGCUCAUUCAUUUCUGAUUCCUCAGACGCAGAGUCGUUUGAUGAGUUAAAUAUGAACGGAAGUAAGGACAAUCUCAACCCAGAUAUCAACUCCUAUGUCUUGGUUGAGUUUCAUGACAAAAAGUCUGUUUUCUUUGUGGGUAAAAUCAUAGAUAUCAUUGAGGAUGAUUUCAAAGUAAGUUUUUUGAGGCAUAGUGUCAAACAAAAAAACUCUUUUAUUUAUCCCGCUGUAGAAGAUAUUUCUUUUGUAAAGAAAACCGAUAUCAAAUGUUUGCUUUCUGCAAGUAGCCAAGUGGCUGGAACGAAACGGCAGCAAUCUUACAUAAAUUUUGGAGUUAAAUUCGACGGAAUCGAAAUCCGUUAG